AUGAUCCAAAACAGUUCCUCUCGGAACUACCUGACAAAGGACUUGGGUAAUACCCUCCGGAUCUUACAACUGAAUAUAGAGGGCGUAAGCAGACCAAAAAGUGACUGUCUUACUAAGAUACUGACAGAAAAUAAGGUGGAUGUUGUUUUAUUGCAGGAAACGCACUGCUCGGAUCAAUCUCAGCUCAACACUAGAUGCAAAAUCCCAGGAUUUACACUGGCUGCUGCUACAUAUCACCCGAAAUAUGGCACUGCAACAUACAUUAAAAAUGACAUUACAACUGUAACACAUAUUAGAACCCAAUCGGACAACAACAUCUAUGUCAUCAGGUUGAAAGUCGCCGAUACUGAAAUUAUAAAUGUCUAUAAGCCUCCAGCACAACCAUGGAUAAAUGACUAUAUACACAAUAUCGAACAUCCGGGAUUAGUUAUAGGCGACUUUAACAGCCAAAAUACAAAAUGGGGCGAUAGAGCUACAAAUGAUGAUGGGGCCAGAGUUUCUGAUUGGGCUGAAACAGAAAACCUUUUCUUACUUUUUGACGCCAAGGAUAAAGGAACCUUUCACUCGGCCAGAUGGGCACAAGAUUACAACCCUGAUCUUUGUUUUACUACUCUCGACAGCAAAGGACUGCCGCUACAUAGUAGUAGGGAAGUACUGAGCGGAUUUCCUAGGAGUCAACACAGACCGGUCCUGAUAAAUAUUGGCCUCCAAAUCCCCAUAGUGAGAUCCAUACCAAAACCGCGAUGGUACUUUCAAAAAGCCAAUUUGGAGGAGUUUUCCGAAGAAUUGGAUUUUAAUAUCCAAUGGAUCCCUCCGGAGCCAGCCUCCUAUGAGCGUUUUGUUGGACUUAUCCACUCUAUUGCCAAAAAGCAUGUCCCAAGAGGCUUUAGGAAGGAUUAUAUCCCUGGAUGGAGCCCAAGAUGCCAAGAACUAUAUGACGACUUUCAGUCGACACAGGAUUCUGACGUGGCAGACGAACUGAUCUUGGCCUUGGAUUCGGCCAGAAAGAGAAAUGGUGCACCUUAA